AUGCUAUGUAUAGUGUCCAUCAAUGGGUCAUUCCCCAACCAAAAGAUGCAUGGCUUCAUGCUAGUUGCUGUGCCUCAAUAUGUUUUGUGUUUUAUUCCAGUGGCCAUCAAUGGGUCAUUCCCCAACCAAAAGAUGCAUGGCUUCAUGCUAGUUGCUGUGCCUCAAUAUGUUUUAUGUUUUAUUUCAGUGUCCAUCAAUGGGUCAUUCCCCAACCAAAAGAUGCAUGGCUUCAUGCUAGUUGCUGUGCCUCAAUAUGCUCAGGAUGAAUCUACUCAAAUGGGAACAUUCUCGUUGUUUCCCGAUGGCUUAACAGAGUUUGCAGCCGAUUGUAAAUGGGUUGUCACGACGACAUAUCAUCACAGGAAGUCAGGAGUCUCUGUCUUAUGGACGGCACCCCCUGCGGGAUCAGGGUGUGUGGAGUUCAGAGCGACAGUGAUAGAAUAUAAAGACAUAUGGUAUCGUGAUGACGGGGCACUCACUCGGACACUCUGUGAAGAAUCUGGGGAAGGAGGGACUGAUGCCCCGAUUGAGCUAGUGACAGAUUGCUGUGCCUGUGGGGUUGCAAAAUACCAGAUGACGUUCCAUGGAAUAUGGUCAAGACAGACACAUCCCAAAAAAUUUCCAACGAACACUCAUCUGUUACAUUGGUCGAACAUCGUUGGAUCUUCCCACAGUCGCCACUACGUUCCAUGGCAAUAUGGUAGCUACUCUUCACGGGGAGUCAAGGAGGUCUGCGAGUAUGGGUGGUCAAAAACAUUGGAACAGGAGAUGAGAACCCAUAGUGACCACGUGAGAACUGUCAUCAAGACAAGUGGCAUUUGGGUGAACUUGAAACAGUCUCGAUGGGCAAGAUUCAGCGUUAACCGCACCCAUCACUUCAUGUCUAUGUUAACUAUGCUUGGGCCUAGCCCCGAUUGGUGUGUUGGUACAUCUGCACUGAACCUCUGUAUAAACAGCAACUGUAGCUGGGCUGGUGAUCAGACCAUAGAGCUCUAUCCCUGGGAUGCUGGUACUGACAGUGGUACUGAAUAUAUGUCACCCAACAGGAAAACAGAUCCCCCAGAGAAAAUCCAUAGAAUCACUAACACGUUUCCCAAGCAGACAAAAUCUCCAUUUUACGAUCCAGAUAACCCGAUAAAACCGCUAGCAAGACUUGAGAUCAAACGUAUUUAUCCUAAACCAGGAAUGCCUGCUACCUGCGAUGCAUCAAGUGAAGAAGAGGCUGACAAUGAAGUCGGCACAGAUGACAAUAUUGGUGAAAAUCCAAAACCUGGAAUGAAUAAACCAGGCAUGCCUCAAGAUCCAAUCACCCAGGAGAUGCUUAUGAAAUGCAAGACUUCUGAUUGGUCAGACUGGAGUGACUGUAGCGCUACCUGUGGUGUCGGGAUGCAUUUCCGUAAACGUAUGUUCAUUAUGGAAGGCAUAAAUGAAGAUAUGUGCCCCCAUGUUGAAUUAAUGGUCAAAGAGAGAUGUCUCGGAGUUGAGAAUGAAUGUGAUGCUAAGGGGCCUUGCGGGGUCACAAACUGGUCUGAUUGGUCCCCUUGCUCUGUGACAUGCGGGAAAGGCAUGCAGGAGCGACUUCGUCAUUUCAUCAAGCCUAUGGAAGGACUAGAAUGUAACAAGGAGAUGUUCCAAAAGCAGAUGUGUAUAGGAGGGGAAUUCAUGGACUGUAACAAGGCACGGAUGAUGCAGAACUGGCCAGUUAUCUGUUCCCAACCAAGAGACGAGGGUCCCUGUAGAGGUAACUUCCGGCGAUGGUCUUAUGACGCUGAGACUCGCAAAUGUAUGCCGUUUACAUAUGGUGGUUGCCGUGGUAACCAAAAUAAAUUUGGAACAGAGGAAGAAUGCAUCAAUAGCUGUAUAGUACCCCCACCAGAUAACGGACCACGCAAACAAAUGCCUACUGAUGACCCACAUGCUGGAUUAGAACAUGAACGAGGCAUGGACAAGAAACCAAGAGAAGAGGAUAACAUCAAUGGUGCUGAUGAGGAGGAAUUUGGAGGCAAGAAGAUGAUGCCGAUUGACUGUAUGGUGACCCCUUGGUCUGAUUGGGGACAAUGCUCCGUCACAUGUGGACGAGGGUUCAUGGCAAGGAAUCGCAUGAUAAAGCGAGCAGCUGAAAACGGUGGGAAGAGAUGUCCGAAAAAAUUGAAGCAGAAACGCAGAUGCAAAAAAGAAAAAUGCCCGGUUGACUGCCAGCUAGGAGAAUGGGGACCUUGGACUCAAUGUGGGAAAACGUGUGGUGAUGCAAUCCAGGAGAGGACUCGACCAAUCGUAAAGCAGCCUCGUCGAGGAGGCCAAUACUGUGAGCCGACAUUGGAGAGACGCUAUUGUGUGUUACCAACAUGCCCUGAUUUAUCUAAGAGAAUGUCUCGAGAGCAAAGGCAGAAGGAAUUAAUGAGGGCUCCAAGAAAACAAACACGUUAUUAAUAACCAUGGUAACAGUACAUGAAGCGACCAUGGCAACAGGAAUGCCAACUUACAAUAUAGUUCUGGUUGUAUAACACUAACCUCUUUAUGGAAGCAAUGUUGUAAAAUAUGGCAACACACAAUGACAGACCAUGUUACCAUAGGAACCCAUAAUUUGGUAUAUGGCAAUCCCAUAGAUAUCUUGGCAACAUCAUGGUUACCAUAGCAACAUGUUAGAAACUAUACAGCAGAUAAAAGAAGAGCACAAACAGUAAAUGGAAUCAAGAUUGAAGCCGAAACUGAUGAGGGUAAUAACUCAAAGACACACAUUUUUAGUUAUUGAAGGAAAUGCUGCAUGGGCUAAAUGAAAAUAUGUAAAAGCUUAAUUGAGGAUCCAGGACUAUUUAGACUGGGACCUCUGACAGUGGAACUUUUGACAUUGUUCAUUUUGACAGCAUUUAUUUGUAUGUCAUUUACAUUGUAAUAUUACAUUGUAAUAUAGUGUAAUUAUAAAUAUAUAUUUUAUCACAUGCAUGUUGCAAUAUGUACACAAGUUGAAACCUUUUGUACAAAAUAUAGUAUCCCAUUUUUUUCAUUUCAUUUCUAGAAUUUACUUUUAUUAAAAUACUAUGUGAUUUUAAGAAUAUUAAAUUUGGUGCUUGUGUACAAGUAGAGACCAUAGAUAAGUUAGAGAAGGCAUUAUUAAAUGUGAUACAAAGUUUGCUUUGGAGAAUGAAACUCCUGUUGACCAAAACAUAUUUUGUAUUUUACUGACUCCAUUUAUAUAAAGAAAUGUACAGAAUACAGUAACAAAUAAAGUUUAUUCAAUAAAAAGAAUAUUCAAGAGUUAAAUUACUAUUUGAUAGCAUAACCUUGAAAAUAUCCUGACUUACAAGUGGUGAAACGAGUUAAA